GUUGCCUCUCUGCCGCCUGGCUCGCGGACGCUGCCCGAGCGACCACAGGGAGGAAGGCACUGCGCGACGACCGGCGGAGGAACCGCCAGGCACAAAGCCAUGGCAGCAGACCCCCCACAAACGCCACCGACGCGCCCCUCCGGCGCGCCGCCGCCGUCCAUGGACGGCAGCGUCGUCAUGGCGCUCGAAUACACGCCGACGCCCUGCAAGAAGCGCAGUGAGGAGCCCGUCGUUGAAAGGCACGAGCGGGAGGUUGGAUAUUGCAUCAUGGACAUUAAACGAAGGCCCUGGACCGGUACGAGACCGUGGCUGUCGGAUAUCCGAUGCUCGUAUGGGGUCGACGCGUGGCGGAUGCUAUUGAGGCGUCUCGUGCGGGAGAGCGUCGUCGCUGCUCUAGAAAUCGGUUCGGUGCUCUUCGCCCGGCUCUACGAGGAGUUAGACCCGUCACGAUGCAUGUACGCUUUGUGGUUGCGGGACCUCGAGCAUCUGUGCGCCACAUCAAUCGGAGCGUUCGCCUUCGCGCGGUGGCUACGACCGGAGGACGCUUUGCAGGACCCCUCGCUACUACCGGUAGGCGUGCGACGACUCUUAGGCGCCUUUGCGUUAGCUUGCGCGCCAGCUAGAGAAGUUUGCGCUUCCGCGGAAAAGAAUUCUCCGAAGAAAAGACCGGAAGAGGCGUCACUGCAAAUUUUCGACUUCCAGAAAGGAACGCUGGCGACGGCGCCCGUUCGAUGGGCCUCGUUGCUCGGCGGCCCGGUGCUGACGCACAUUGUGGAAAGGCGGCCGGAGCUCCAUGGGGAUGAAAGGUUGUUGAGUGACGGGGAGCGCGAGGAUCGCGGCGUCCUGCGGGCCUGGCUCGUGAGG